CAACCGAUUAAACCGUUUAUGAGCCCAAAACAAAAACAUUAUUUACCAUACAAAAGCAUUAUUUACCCCUCCAUCUUCGUCUAGAAGCUUCCUCUGAAACAUCAUCCUGCACGCAGCCAUUGAUUCCGGCAUCUUUUUUGAACUCCUGCAUGGCGUCGUACCGUCCGUUCCCUCCGCCGCCACCUCAUCCGUCCGGUCCACCACCGCCACCACCAGGAGGAAAUAUGUAUACCCAGAUAUGGAAUUAUCCAAAUUACACACCUCCACCUAUAAACCCUAAUUUAAACCACCAACAACAGUUUUUAUCAUAUCCACCACCACAACCACUACAGCCACCACAACAACCACCACCACCAGCAGGACAAAUGUACUUUCCACCUUCACAGUACCCUCAGUUCAAUAAGCAGUCUCUGCAGCAACCACCGCCUCCGCCUCCACCGCCAUCUUCGUCUCCUCCGAGUUCGGCAAUCCCGCCACCGCCUUCGUCACACCCGCCUUCGCCUCCACCGCCUCCUUCGUCAGUCUCCGCAACUAAUGAAAUCAAGGAACAUAGACAGAUUGACCAUCAAGAUUCAUCCAAUGACCCGGCAGGAUCAAAACGGCACGAACCGUCUUCGCACCAGAAGGUUGAUUCUAAACCGCAUGUUAAGAAGUUGGCUUCUGCGGUACCUCCGGUUCCGGUGAGAACGGUUAACAGUGUUGAGGUGGAAGAAGAAAGGAGGAGAAAGAAGAGAGAGAUGGAGAAACAUAGGAGGCAAUUGAAGGAAUCUCAUAAUAAAGUUAUGGAAAAAACUUCUUCGAGCGUUAAACCACGUGGUUCAAUCAGUGGUUCGCAUAUUGGUGGGAGGAGGGCGGCGCCUUUAUUGAGUGGUGAACGGAGUGAUAAUCGAUUGAAAAAGCCAACGACGUUUCUCUGCAAGUUAAAGUUCCGGGAUGAGUUGCCAGACACGACCGCUCAACCAAAGCUUCUGUCUUUAAAAAGAGACGAAGAUCGAGCUGCUAAAUACGCUAUCACUUCAUUGGAAAAAGUGCACAAGCCUCAGUUAUAUGUCGAGCCAGAUCUCGGAAUACCACUUGACCUACUUGAUCUUACUGUAUACAAUGCUUCAAAAGACGAAAGAUUGCACGUUGCCCCAGGGGAUGAAAAACUGUUGCAAGAAGAUUCUUCAGCGACACCUAUUAAAAGCAAUGGCUUAAAACGAAAGGAACGCCCUACAGAUAAAGGCAUGUCGUGGUUGGUAAAAACACAAUAUAUAUCCUCUCUUAGCACAGAAGCCACGAGGCAGUCUUUAAGUGAAAAACAAGCGAAAGAACUCAGGGAAACACGUGGACUCAACAUACUAGACACUUUUAAUAGCAGGGAACGAAAAAUCCAGGAUAUUGAGGCGUCAUUUGAGGCGUGUAAAUCACAUCCUGUUCACGCUACUAAUAAAAAGCUGCAGCCCGUAGAGAUUUUACCAUUAUUUCCUGAUUUUGAACGGUGGGAUGAACAAUUUGUUGUUGCAACCUUUGACGGUGCUCCGACUGCUGAUUCCGAAAGCUAUAAUAAAAUGGACAAGUCUGUUCGUGAUGCUCAUGAAUCUCGGGCGAUAAUGAAAAGUUUUGUGGCAAGUACUCCGGGUUCAGCUAAACCCGACAAGUUUUUAGCUUAUAUGGUUCCUUCAGUUGGUGAGUUAUCCAAGGAUGCGUGUGAUGAAAACGAAGAUAUUUCUUACACUUGGGUUCGCGAGUAUCAUUGGGAUGUUCGUGGUGAGGAUGCGGAUGACCCUACGAAUUACCUCGUGGCAUUUGGUGAAUUCGAGGCUCGCUACAUGCGGCUGCCUACGAAACUCAUUUUAAGAAAAAAGAGAGCGAGGGAAGGAAAAACGAGUGAUGAGGUGGAGCAUUUUCCUGUACCAGCAAGUAUAACCGUAAGGCAAAGAUCAAAGGUUUCAGUAGAAAUGACCGAAACCGAGGAGAGGAAUUCAAAUUCUAGACACGAUGGAGGAAUAGAUAUGGAAGAUGAACAACAAAACGACAUGCAAGACGGUGACGGUGGUAUGGAUCAGUUGAGUGGAGCUGAAUAUGACAUGUCUGAUUAACAUUUUAUAAAUAAAGAUGAUAAACAGCUGCUUGGAAUCAGAUUAAGGUUAAGUGGGUUUUUAUAGAAGGAAAAAAACAGAAGGGUAGGACAAAACAGGCUAGAGUUAUUUGGAAGUGGAUUUAAGGUUGUUUGACCAGUUUUGUUGUGUUGGUAGGUGUACAUUAUUAAGCAGAUACUUCUGUAGAGGGAUGUGGUAAUAGCAUAUAACAUAGCCAUUUUGGUAGCUA